AGACACAACCGAAGCAAUAACGGACGCCCUUGCAUUGCAUGGUACGACGUCAGAGACUACAGGUGUAUCUGAAAUAUAUAAGGGGAGCUCGGGAAACCGUUCAGGUCAAACGCAAACGCAUCCCCCCUCGUCUAUAUCCUUUUACCAACGGAAAUAUUUGCGAGAACUUGACUCUUCCGUAACUCAUUCUGCAAUCCUCAUCUGGUACCCUUUUGCCUUGAUACCCGUAAUUCAUAUUCUCAUUUGGUACAGGCGUUUUCUAGUAUGAGUGACCACGACGAUCUCUAUGUGGCACAUUACGGUCAUCCCAGUCUUCCUGGUGCUAAGCACUGGGCAAUUGUCGUCAUGACGAAACCCCAGCAGCUGACUGGAAUCGCCUACCAAAUCAGUGGUUCUGCUUAUACGUACAAUGUCAAAGAACCAGAGGACGUCAGCUUGCUCCAUUCAAACACCUACUUAGGACGAGUGAAAGUCGGCGCCAUACCCAAGGGUUGGCAAUAUGGGAGCGGGGACAGGACUUUGCAUGCCAUUUUGACGAGAACUCAAGUCGUCAGAGGAAACUUGCAAUGGCACUGUCAGCAUUGGGUUGUUGCGGCCCUCGCACGGUUAAAAAAGGCCGGGUAUGCAGUUGAUGAUCUUUCUCUGCAGGAUCUACAGCAGAAACUUCUUACUGUCCGGAGAGAAGAUCAGUUAUAGACUGUCGUACGGGACGAAGGAUCGGGUCUAUACUUUAUAUAAUAUUAUAUUACAUACCUGCACGCUAUCUAAUACUUAAUU